AAAAGAGUAAGAAUAGACCGACAGCUGUGAAACGAUCGUGGUAGGGCAGAGCACCUAUUUGUCCCCACUCCCUUCUUCUUCUCCCGCUCUCUCGCUUCUUGAAUAUCCUCUUCCUUCUUCUUUCUUCUUUCUUCACUAUACAACAUUUCAUCAAUAGACAGAUAAAUUCUAUUGUGUGAUGCGGUGUUGCUCCCUCUCUGGAUAUGGACACGCCAGAGAGGAACCAGAUCAACACUACCCUCUCUAAAUUUGAGGAUUCACCAGUAUUCAACUAUAUCAACAAUUUAUCUCCUAUAAGGCCUGUUAAGUCUGUUCACAUUACUCAGACAUUCAAUUCACUUAGCUUUUCAUCCCCUCCAUCUGUUUUCACUUCACCCCAUGUCAGCUCUUUCAAGGAGUCUAGAUUCCUAAGGAGACAUAUCUUACUUGACACAUCAAAGCCUAAGGAUUCAAGUGAAGAUGUAAAUAAUAAAGUCUACUCAAGUGAAGAGGCUAUUGCAGAUUCUACUCUUUCACAUCUUAACACAAAUGAAUUACAUGAAAGUUCUGAUCAAGGGAUAUCAGUAGGAAAUGGUUCAGUUGAGUUAUCUAGUGAACAUGCAAAAUUCUCAGAUGAGUUACCACAGGCUUUACAGUAUAAUUGUGGUAGUCCUAGCUAUGAUCCUCCACUUUGUGCUGAUGAGGCUAAUUCUCUUUUGGAAUUGCCGGGCGAAGGUGUAUCAGAUGCUGCCUAUGUUCCAGAUGGUUGUAAAACAGAUUCGAUUGAGUCUGAGUUGCAUCUACAAGGACCAAGUCAGAUCGAUCCAAAGGAAGAAGGCGCAGACUGUGAUUGGGCUGGUUUAAUUCCCAAUGCCGCUGAUCUGUUAAUUGAAGCAGAAGCAGAAGCUUUUAAGGGUCUAAUGCAGAAACCUUCGGGCUCUUCUAUACGACUUAGCGAUUUUAUGCCCCUGCUUCAGCAAUCUACUAACAAUAAUGAUCAGAAAAUGUACAUGAUUAAAUCCGUUGCUUCUGGUUCUGAACAUGAAAUUGAAAAUCAUUGUUCUGAACCAGUUGCCUUGGCAGAUACUGACCAUAUACAGGACAAUCUUGCUAGUGGUUCUUUAAUGACUAGCAAUCCGAAUGAGCAAAUGGAUGACAAGCUUGUUUCUGUCACGCACCGUGGUAUCCGGAGGCGCUGUCUUGACUUUGAAAUGGCCAGUGUGCGAAGGAAGAACUCAGAUGAUAAUUCAAAAACCGGCUCUAGUACAACACAGUCUGAAGUAAGCAAUGCUGCUAAUGAAAAACAACUGCUCCCUACAAAGCGCAAUGCAGAUUCACAGAGGUGCAUUUUGCCGGGUAUCGGUUUACACUUGAAUGCACUUGCCACCUUAAAGGAUCACAAAGGCUUACAAAACGAAAAGUUGACUUCUGGAAGACAACUCAGCCUGUCCAACUCUACUUCCUUGCUACUCUCUACAUGCCAUGAACAUCAGCAUCUGUCGGUCUUAUCUGUAUCAAUAUCAUCUGAAAGAGAAUUGGACCCAUCAGACAAUGGGGUUCAGCCUACUGAAGAUUGUUCACAGGCAUCAGCUUACAUGGCUGGUGAAGAUUUCAACCAGAAUAGCCCUAAAAAGAAAAGGCGUAAGUCAGAGCCAGCUGGAGAAAUUGAGGGCUGCAAACGCUGUAAUUGCAAGAAAUCAAAGUGCUUGAAGCUUUAUUGUGAGUGUUUUGCUGCUGGUGUCUACUGCAUAGAACCCUGCUCCUGUCAGGAAUGCUUCAACAAACCUAUUCAUGAAGAUACUGUUCUUCAAACUCGCAAGCAAAUUGAAUCUCGCAACCCUCUUGCAUUUGCUCCUAAAGUCAUCCGAAGUUCUGAGUCUGUGCCUGAAGUUGGGGAUGACCCAAACAAAACUCCAGCUUCAGCACGGCAUAAAAGAGGGUGCAACUGCAAGAAAUCAAGCUGCCUUAAGAAAUAUUGUGAAUGCUAUCAGGGUGGUGUUGGUUGCUCCAUUAGCUGCAGAUGUGAAGGAUGCAAGAACGCAUUUGGCAGAAAGGAUGGGUCUGCUAUUACGGAGAUGGUCGAAGGUGAGACAGAAGAAGAAACAGAAACAAGUGACAAGGGUGUGGCAGAAAAAGCUAUUCAGAAAACUGAAAUUCAGAGUAUUGAAGAUCAUCCGGAUUCUGCUGCUGUCUCAACACCAUUACGGCUUUCCAGACCAUUGCUUCCAAUGCCCUUCUCAUCAAAGGGAAAGCCACCAAGAUCUUUCGUUACAACUAUUACUGGUUCUGGAUAUUUUGCCAGCCAAAAGCUUGCGAAACCAGAUUCUCUUUGGCCUCAAUCUAAGCCUUUUCAGACUGUUCCAGACAACGAAAUGCCAGAGAUUCUCCGUGGUGAUAGCUCUCCUAUCGCGUGCAUCAAAACUUCUUCUCCCAAUGGCAAGAGGAUCUCUUCUCCUAACUGUGAAAUGGGAUCAUCUCCAAGUCGCAGAGGUGGCAGGAAAUUGAUAUUACAAUCUAUUCCUUCAUUUCCUUCUCUCACACCACACCCUUAGAAUGGUUACAAUUUUCAUUGUAAGUUAGCCAUCACCUAUUUCCCGUCUUUAGUAAUGUUUUUAGUUUGUUCCUUGCAGUAAAAUUCAUGCUUUAGAUUUUGUGUAUAUUGAGGUUUGUUUUACUUUGGUAAUAAUAUUAUGUUGUGUUUCUUCCAUAAGAUGUAGUACUAUUCAUUAUUCAAGUGAUGGUUAUAAUCAUUCUCGGGAUUAAUCUUUA